AUGAACCUAGAAGUGGUAGAAUGGGGAGUACCAACAGGUAUACUUGCGAAUCUAAGCAUUCAACCAACAAUAUUUGAUGAGAAUAAGGAAAAUCAGGUAGGAGAUGUAAAUAUGGAUAGGAUUCGUGAGAAAAUAAAGCAAGGAAAGGUUACAGAUUUCAAAAUUCAUGAAGAUGGGAGUCUAAGGUAUAAAGUGCUCAUACCAAUGAAGAAGACCUGGAAGAUGGAGCAACUUGCAAAAGCUUACAUCAAGAAAGUUGUGAGGUUACAUGGAAUUCUAAAAGAUAUUGCGUCUGAUAGAGAUUAUAGGUUUCUUUCAAAGUUCUGGAAGAAUGUGUAG